CAAUUAUUCUAUUGUUAUUUGUUCAAUUCAUCCCAAGUGAGAGGGCUCAGCUCAAUAGUAGGAUGGUAGAAGAGUAGAAUUCUAUCUAUCAAACUCCUACACGGCUCAAAUCAUUUCACUCCUUACCCACAUCUACAUUUAUUUACUUGACCAUCAAAUUAUCAUACCCGUGAGAAAAGGAAGCAAAAAAAGCUCGAUCCUCUUCUGUGCACAAAUCUUCAGCAGAAUUAUUUCUUCUCCAUUCAUUAAGAGAGUCAGAAGAAAGGAUCAAGAUUUCUGUGUCCGAGCGAUCAUCUCACCUCAUCUAAACCUUCACAUCUACUCUAAUAUACAUCUAACAUACAACAACAUUCUUUUUCGUAUACCAUAAUAUCCGUGUCUUAUCGAAAAGACACUAUCAUUUCACUCAUCAGCUCUGUAACUCACUGAAAUUCAGACGGGUCUGAUCUGAAGAAGUGGAAAGGAGUUAACAUUGAAUUGAAUUGAAUUGAAUUGAGUGAAGAGAAGAGAAGAGAGAGAGAGAGAGAGGGAAAGUUAGAGAUAAGGGAAAAAAGAGGAUAAAGAGAGAAACGAAAUUUGACAAUUAAGGAGAAGAAAGGAAGAGAAAUUAUUUCCAAUUUAUUCACUCCCACUCCCACUUCCCCGAAUUCGCCUGUACUUCUUUUCACCUGUUACCAAAUUCCAAUAACGGGCUUGUACAAUUUCUUCGUUCCAUUAUCUUCCGUUCCGUCGUCGGUUUAAUUAUCUUUUUUUAUCAAUUUCUCCAAAUUCAGCAAAACAUCAAUUGUUGUUUCAUCGUUUCAUCUUUCAACCUUUAACCUUUUCCACCUUUCCACCUUGCGAUCUUUUCAACCUUUCAACCUUUCAACCUUUCAACCUUUAACCUUCCAACCUUUUCAUCUACGAUAUCAAUUCCGCAAUAAAAAAAGGAUACAGUUAUUAAUAAAAAUAACCUCUGAUAAUCGAUAAUCGAUAAUCGAUACCUUUACAAACCAAACAACGAACAACGAUUAAUUCUUGGGUUACGUUUCUUACCUAAGAUUCACCAUCCUCCUUUUUACAAACGAAACCCAUUUCAUUAUCGAACCAUCAACUUCUCGAUUUCUUUCGAAACUCUUAUCAACCUUCCCUUACCUCCAAAACACUCAACCAUCUUCUUACAGGGACGUCACCUUGUCGCGCAAUCUAUAUUUCCAUACCUAACCUUUUACUUUCCCUUUCGACUUCGAUAAGCAUUCGAAGCUUUUCUUUUAAGGGGGCUUAACUUGAGGGUUAACGACAUAAAUUCCAUAUUAAUCAUUAAAGAUGGCUUCAAAGGUAAGCAUCCAUCAUCUCUCUCUCAUUGCCUAUCAUCUACAACAACAGCUUCAUGAUUCUAGAAUCAAUUGACUAACUUGCGCUUCUUUGUAUAGUUUUUGAGAGAAUAUAAGCUGGUGGUAGUAGGUGGCGGAGGCGUUGGAAAAUCUUGUUUGACGAUUCAAUUGAUUCAAAGUCACUUCGUUGAUGAAUAUGAUCCUACCAUUGAAGGUAAGCUUUCCAUUUCUUCAUCAGUCAUCUCUGAUCUUAUCGUCGCGUGGCUUGACUAACAUGUUCUUCUUUCCCCCAAUUCAGAUUCCUAUCGUAAGCAAUGUGUUAUCGAUGAAGAAGUCGCUUUACUGGAUGUACUCGAUACUGCUGGACAAGAAGAAUACUCUGCCAUGAGAGAACAAUAUAUGCGCACGGGAGAAGGUUUCUUAUUGGUUUACAGUAUUACCAGCAGACAAAGUUUCGAGGAAAUCAUGACGUUUCAACAACAAAUUUUGAGGGUUAAGGAUAAGGAUUAUUUCCCCAUUAUCGUUGUCGGUAACAAAUGUGAUUUGGAAGGCGAAAGACAAGUUUCAAAACAAGGUAUGUUCAUUUCAUUCAUCAAACGGAGAAAGAUAUUUUGGGAUCCGAUGUCGCUCGUCACAGCAUGAAGAAUAAAGAACUCAAACUAAUCAAUUCAUGGAACAGAGGGUCAACAAUUAGCAGAUGAUUUCGGAUGCAAAUUCAUCGAGACAUCGGCGAAAUCAAGAAUCAAUGUCGAUAAUGCUUUCUAUGAUAUCGUCCGCGAAAUCAGACGUUACAAUAAGGAAAUGGCCGGUUACACAGCCGGUGGUGCUAGCGGUGCGAAUAGCGGUGGUCCACAAGGAAAGAUGGAAGUAAGUGAGGGUGAGAAGGAGAGUGGAUGUUGUUGUAUUCUCAUGUAAGGGAUCACUUGCGAUGGUCAGGCUGGAAGAGGCUUUAUAGAUACAGGUUGGGUGGAAGUUGGGCGUAUAUUAUGGUAUUUGGGGACGAGAUAUUUUCAUAUUUGCGAAGGGAAGAUACCAAAGAAAUUUCUAAAAGGGGAUGGAUGGCUGGAUGGACGGACCGACGUACGUUCUAGUGGAUCUUUGAGGAUACAAUGGAUAUUGAUGGGAUGGCAUGGAUGGGUUUUCACAAAUAAGAUGAUAGUAAUUUUGGGGCGUAUCUGCUGCUGCUAAACAUAUCGGCUGAGCGCUGGGGUGGCUCUUCGUUUGUAUACGAAGGUUGAGGAAGGGUGGAUAGAUUGAUGACGAUUGUGGAGGUAUGCGUGGGUGGAGAAUUUUGUGCUUGAAGUUUGAAUGGCAUGAGAAAAUGGUGAAAGAUGCGAGGUGAAAGGGAAGGAGUGAGGAGUGGUGAAGAAGAGAGAUAUUCUAAGUUCGGCCUUUUUUUUUUUUCAUAAU